CAAGACCCAUCCAUUGGGGCCAGAAAAAGGUGCUCCAACCGCCUAACCGGCGCGUGCAAAGCCUUUCCGGGAACUGACCUGCCCCAGUUUAGUUCGUCCGGCAAUUACACACCACGCGCGAAAAAACCGCCUACGAAAACAUUUCAAAUUUUCCCAAUAAAAAUUCCGCGCCACAAAAGCCUCUUUCCCUUCAACCACCGCGUUAACAACAAAACCCAAACAAACAACUCCUCAUUAGUCCGUGCAUUACACGCUCCAAACACUAGCGUGAAACCGCAUCCUUUAAAAUUGGUGCUAUUAUGUUUCUCAUAUUAGAUUUCGCAGUACACCCCCAGACGCGUAUGGUAUCACCGUUCUACAGACGAACCCUCUCCGAUCCCGUACACUUGUGACGCGAUAAGAGGAUAUACCGUUCUAGAGAGAGAAAGAGAGAAACACUUCACAGAGUUCUAGAGAGAGAAAGCGCGUCUCGACUCUCGAGAAGAUAGAGAAAGAACGAGCUAUAGAUCUGAAUGGAGUGAAGGUUUUUCUUCAAUUCGUUCAAUUUUGGUUCCGUUAAACCCUAGAUUCGUAUUCUAGGGUUUGGAAUUGUUGUUCGGUGAGGGUGAAUAAGAACUAGGGUUUUGAAUGAAUGGCUUCGGAGGUUAUAGUUAGAGACGAGGGAGUUAGAGAGAUACAGAGAUACUCGGAGAAAAACGUGUACAGGAGAAAAGCCUUGAAAGGUUCAAAGAAUAAGGUUAACAGCGCGUUGAAUGAUGUUCCUCGUGCUAGUUCUUCAUCUGCUGCUACCACAACUGUCACUGCUGAUGGAACGAAGGAGAAUGGAAACAAUAACAAUGUUUCUGUUCAGCAGCCGGAUCGGGUUACGGCUCCCGAGAAUGGGAAUUCGCCUCGUCCUGUAGUGAAUUCUAGGUUGGAUGUGGUUUCUGAAGACUCGUCUAGUUUGAAUCUUCUGCAGGAGGAACAUUUUACUCUUGAUGUUCAGCUGGAAGAUGCUCCUGGUUCGCUAGAACCAUCUUUGAGGAACUGUGAUAGUAAGCAGGGGGUGGAGAAUGGUGUAAGCAAUGGCCUGACUUCGCGGUCGAAGCAGGAGACACGGGAGCUUAGGAGGAGGCUUGAGAGCGAGCUUGAAACAGUGAGAUCUUUGGUGAAUAGGAUUGAAGAGAAGCAAGGGAUGGUUGGGAUGUAUGGUGGUAAUUUGAAUAUGCCGGUGGAUUAUCCUAUGGUUAAUAAUGGCGGUGGAGCUAAGCGCACUCACUCUGAGGUAGUAUCUGCAGGUGUUUCAAGAGAACCUACUAGGCCUUUACGUCAGUUAAGUGUGAUGGUGUUAGAGAAUAGUCAAGGGGUUAGUGAAAUUAUUGAAAGGGAGAAGAGAACACCCAAGGCAAACCAGUUCUAUUGCAAUUCAGAAUUCUUGCUUGCAAAAGAUAAGUUCCCGCCUGCAGAGAGUAACAAGAAGUCAAGAGUGAAUGGAAAGAAGCAUGGCAGGGGAGAAAUGGGACACGGGCUUGGGGUGGUAGCGAAAUAUUUGAAGAGCUGUAGCUCAUUGCUUGAAAAGUUGAUGAAACACAAGCACGGUUGGGUGUUUAAUAAACCAGUUGAUGUUGAAGGUCUUGGUUUGCAUGAUUAUUUUAUAAUCAUCUCUCAUCCAAUGGACUUGGGUACUGUGAAGUCGAGGCUGAACAAGAAUUGGUACAAAUCACCCAAGGAGUUUGCGGAGGAUGUGAGACUUACUUUUCGUAAUGCCAUGACAUAUAAUCCUAAAGGCCAAGAUGCUCAUAUAAUGGCGGAGGAGCUAUUAACAUUGUUUGACGAAAGGUGGGCUAUUAUAGAGGCAAAUUACAAUCAUGAAAUGAGGUAUGUCAUGGACUACGGGCCAGCUGUUUCUGCACCUUCACCACUGUCUAGAAAGACUCCUGCUUUCCGGCCACCACCUCUAGACAUGAGAAGGAUUCUGGAUAGGUCAGAAUCAAUGACAAAACCUCCAAAACCCACGAACUUUACUCGUUCAGCUCGAACUCCUGCUCCCAAAAAGCCUAAAGCUAACGAUCUUCACAAAAGAGACAUGACAUUUGAAGAGAAGCAAAAACUUAGCACACAUCUUCAGAAUCUACCUUCUGAUAAACUAGAUGCUAUUGUACAGAUCAUGAAGAAACAAAAUUCAGCACUUUCCCAACAUGAUGAUGAAAUUGAAGUGGACAUUGAUAGUGUGGAUGCAGAGACUCUUUGGGAGCUUGAUAGAUUUGUUACAAACUAUAAGAAAAGUUUGAGCAAAUACAAGAGGAAGGCUGAACUUGCAAUUCAAGCUAGAGCAGAAGCUGAGCAAAUGGCCCAACAGAGGAGCCAAGCACAAGACGACGUUGUUGAGGUCCCUAGAGAAAGACAAGCAGAGGAAAGAAAUGCUCCCCCAUCCUUGCCCGUGCAAGGGGAAAUUCAAGUGGAUAAUCGGAGUAACACAAGUAGCUCAAGCAGCUCAAGCAGUGAUUCUGGCUCUUCAUCAAGUGAUUCUGAUAGUGACAGCUCCUCAGCGUCUGGGUCUGAUGCAAGGUCACCGUGAACCUGAAUACUUCCCUUGAGAUGUCAAAUACAUAGAUUAGAUAGUGUUGCAAUGCUUGUCUAGUUGAUUUUUUUGAAGCUUCAAGAUUAUGGUUCUGAAUUUAGCAUUUGGUUUGUAGAGAAAGCUUCUGAAGGCCACUUUCGAUUUCCUGCUGUGCAGUACAGGAUCUUUAUUUCUCAUUUGAUUGAUUAAACUUUUAGUCUGUUGCUAUUUACGGUUAUACUUGUGAUAGCAGGCUCCUGUAUAAUAUUUGGUAGAAUGUGAAGAUAAUUAGAUAGUUUUCUGUAGGAGUGUACAUCGAUUGCUAACUACUGUACUCAUGAAGUUCCAAGUUCCAUUGAUGAAUUAAUAUUAUUUUGUGCUA